AGGUAUCAACUCUGAUUCCUGGGUUGGAAAUGGUACUUCGUUUACAUGUCAUCUCCAGAGGGCUCCAUCUCUUUUGUGAGAAGCAAAGAGUGAAAAUCCCGGUUCUCCAAACAGUUACAAGUCGUACCUACCCAAAGAGCAAGAGAGGUAUCACACAGUCUCAUGUCCCUCUCAGCAAUCUGUAUACUGAAUCUUGACUCUGCUAAAUACGAGCCAACAGACAACAGGAACCAGAACCUACAACUAGGGUGGCUGCGGGGUUGUGAGUCACAUUCCUUCUGUGGUUGUCCAGCUUGCAUUUGGUGUAAUACCCUAAGAUGCGAUAGAGUGGUGACAUCACACUAGCUACACAUCUGCUCUGAUUCAGCCUAUGGGGUAAGCAUUUUUCAUCUUUUCCAAACGGGGAAAGAGUGACCAUCUGUCCCAAAACCCGCAUCAAACCAAAUCAUUUCUACCCUGCAAAGCUGCUUUUUUUGAGGUAACAUCAUUUGGUUCUCUGUCGUUCUUCUGAGGCCUCCUCAAUUCUUAUCAUCUCCCAUUCCUCAGUUGAAAUGGAAUCUAAGGUCUCUGAAGGUGGGCUGAAUGUGACCCUGACUAUCCGCCUGCUCAUGCAUGGAAAGGAAGUUGGAAGCAUCAUUGGAAAGAAAGGAGAAACAGUGAAAAAGAUGCGUGAAGAGAGUGGCGCAAGAAUCAACAUCUCAGAGGGAAAUUGCCCAGAAAGAAUUGUGACCAUCACUGGCCCAACUGAUGCCAUCUUCAAGGCUUUUGCCAUGAUUGCGUACAAAUUUGAGGAGGACAUAAUUAAUUCCAUGAGCAACAGCACUGCUACCAGUAAACCACCAGUUACAUUACGGUUGGUUGUCCCAGCCAGCCAGUGCGGGUCACUGAUUGGCAAAGGAGGCUCCAAGAUCAAAGAAAUCAGGGAGUCAACAGGUGCUCAGGUCCAGGUGGCAGGGGACAUGCUGCCCAACUCCACGGAGCGGGCAGUGACAAUCUCGGGGACCCCCGACGCUAUCAUCCAGUGCGUCAAACAAAUCUGUGUGGUGAUGCUGGAGGUACAGUCUGUAACAGCGGGGUCCCCACCGAAAGGUGCCACCAUUCCCUACCGCCCAAAGCCCGCCUCCACCCCUGUCAUUUUUGCAGGUGGUCAGGUAAGAGCCGACCCGCUUGCGGCCUCCACGGCCAACCUCAGCCUUUUACUGCAGCACCAGCCGCUGCCCGCCUAUACAAUUCAGGGACAGUAUGCUAUUCCACACCCAGAUCAGUUGACAAAGCUCCACCAGUUGGCAAUGCAGCAAACCCCUUUUACUCCCCUUGGACAGACCACCCCUGCUUUCCCUGGAGAAAAGCUGCCUUUACACUCCUCCGAAGAAGCUCAAAAUCUGAUGGGCCAGUCAUCAGGUUUGGAUGCCAGUCCCUCGGCCAGUACUCAUGAACUCACCAUUCCCAAUGAUCUAAUAGGCUGCAUAAUCGGACGCCAGGGGACCAAAAUCAAUGAAAUUCGACAGAUGUCUGGAGCGCAGAUCAAAAUCGCCAAUGCCACAGAAGGGUCUUCGGAACGUCAAAUUACCAUCACAGGAACCCCAGCUAACAUCAGCCUUGCCCAGUACCUCAUCAACGCCAGGCUGACGUCUGAGGUCACUGGAAUGGGGGCACUCUAAUUCCUACACAUCAUCCUUCAUUCUGCAUCACCUGACCCUCUCCAGCCAAUGGCACUCCACCCAGCUUGUACAAUCUGUAUAUUUACUGUCUUCCUUUUCUCUCAAUAUAUAGUUUUUUCUUUACUAACAAGAACAAAAUAUAUAUUAUAUAUAAAUACACACACACACACACACACACACACACAAAUGAUUCUUUAUCAAUUUCCAGCUUGUGUUCCUGAUAUUGUUCCUGGACUCUUGAUUUAUGCUCCAGAUCUGUCCAUGGUUUUGGCGUUCAGUGUUAUUUUCGAUACUUCUGGGGGGAUUUCCAGUGGUGAAAUUUUCAAAAGAAAAUGUGUCAGUUUAGUGUCAGCUUAGCUUAGCAAUCUAAUUGAUUUGACAUUUUAACAGCUCUUCCUGGAGUGUAUUAUCCAAUAGACCAUCUAGAACUGUGUUUGCUUUUAAAUACCUCUUUUCUCACAAUGACUCCAUCUGGCUUACUAUUUUUUUUCAAGUUUGAAAAACUUGGCUCACCUCUUAGACCUUGUAUCCAUGUUCCCAGACAAUGGUGUGGCUUUUCCUCUGUUGUUUUGGAAGCAGGACCCAAUGGUGGCAUUCAAAGUGACUAUUGGUGCCUACACCAGAAAUGGUUUUCCCAGUAAGGCAGGGUCAAGCCAAGCUGUGAUAAUAUUCAGAGAAGUUGGAGAAGAGGAGACACAUUUUUUUAAUAGAGAAAUGAUUUGAUGGGUGUGGGGGAAAACUGAGUGCAAUGGAAUCAUAAUUUUUAGGUAUGGCUAGGACUUUUCUUAAGGCAGUAGCCCCUAUAAAACAUUUGAACAAAGCUCAGGAAGCUCAAAUAUUUGUGAGCCUGCUGUGUUUGCCGUUGUUUGUAUUCAAUAAAUGUCUGUGCAGCUCUGCUAUCAAUGA